AUGGUUCAGGGCAAGGGAGAUCCCAAUGCCUAUCUCUCGUCUUAUAGCCAUGAUGAAGUCCUGCGGCUCAUUGUCGAUGCAUACCGCCUAAGAGUCGAGACCGACCACCUAUCCCGGGAUGAGGACCACGGGAUAUAUUACCCUGGGAAACCGAUCGACGGCUUAGUCUGGGCCGAGGGUGACGCCAUUGAUGACUUCCAACGAUUCCUCGAUUUGGCCGAAGGGUCGAAAAUCUUACCGAAAUGGUGGGCAUUUGAAGACCGAAUGCAGUGCCUCUCUUUAGCAAUUGACAAAAAUGACCCCGAGUCCAUCUUCCACCCAAUCAAUCAGACUGAGCUUCCCCAACGGUAUGGAGGUGAUAUGGCAAUCCGGUUGGCGCUCGCUAUUCUUGCCGAGAUGUGCGUCGGUUACGAUGGCAAGGGACCAGCUAAAGACGAUACUUGGUUCCAGGAAUUUCAGGAAUUCCUGGACCUCCAUCCAGAGGAACGAGCCCGUUUGAUCAGAGGAAGUAUCGAAAUGGUGGACUCGGUGCUGAAAGAGCAUGGAGAAGAGUUCGGACGAAAGCCGACAUGA